AUGGGGGUAGUGCUAUCAAUUGAAGAGGAAGAACCCACAGGGUACAUUCGGUUUGAGAAGUUUCUUCCAACAAUGACCAAAGUGUGGAUGGAACAAAGAAUAAUGGAGCUUGAGGCAAAUGUGUUGCCACAUGUCUUCAUAUACGUGGAUGAAACAGGAUUCAAUUUGUCCAAAGUGAGGAGACGUGGGAGGAACAUCAUCGGUCACAGAGCCACAGUCAAUGCGCCCGGCCAAAGAGGAGAACCAUUUACGCAAGAAGAAAUGGAGGAGAUGCUGUCUGCAGCCAUAGAUCCUGAUAAAAAUGUGAUUCUUUACCCUGUACCUGCUUCCAUUGAUCCUGGUUAAGGUGGAACAGUCCAAGUCACCCUCUAUCCCAUUGAUCCUGGUUAAGGUGGAACAGUCCAAGUCACCCUCUAUCCCUGGUUAAGGUGGAACAGUCCAAGUCACCCUCUAUCCCUGGUUAAGGUGGAAC